AUGGUACCUAAGGUGUUGGAUGUGUUUAACAGACAGGAACCGAGGUUACAGUUCACGGUUGAGGUGGAAAAAGAAGGAAAGCUACCCUUUUUAGACAUGAUCGUGAUUAGACAAGAAAAUCAGCACCUUACGACGGAAUGGUAUACCAAACCAAUCGCGUCAGGAAGAAUGCUAAACUACCAUUCAUGCCACAAAAUGCAGCAAAAAGUUAACGUUGCGGCGAACUUCAUUUACCGGGUCAUGGCGCUCUCACGGCAUAGCAGCAUACAACAUCAAACAAAAACGAUACAUCAGCACUUACAUAACAACAACUACCCGAAAACAUUAAUAAACAGACUUAUCCAGAAACAAAUUUCGAAGACGAAUAGCAGAUGGGGAUCCAAUGUCAACUACACGCCAGCACACAUUUCACCUUCGCCACCACCACUUAUAGUACCAACACCACCUCCGGUGCAGCAGAAUCCACAAACCAACAGCCAACAUGAAACACCAACAUCGCAGCCAGCCAAAAACGGAAUCCCGCAAUCCAGUCCAAGGCAAGAACAAACCAGCGAGAACAUCAUGCAGCCAUCAGCAACCAAACAGCAUAUCCAGCAACAGCCUCAAGAUCAUUCCAGUAGCACACAACAGGUAAAGCUGUACCGUUCGGUCCCCAACGAUGGGCUCUUCGCGCAGGGUUCGGUGACACAAUCCCAUCAGGAGAAAAAAAAAACGAAUCCACUCUUCAAACUACUCAACAAGCGAGAGCAGCCAGGGAUAAUGAGCCUGACGAUCGCCUAUCAGAGGAUCAAUCAUCGUCGGGCCGGAUCCGAAAAUAAUUACUCCGAAUUAGGUCGGACGGAACCACUUCAGCCUUCUAGGCAGGGACCGACAGACGGUUCCUACCCGAACAGAUGA